ACUUCCAACUGAAACUAACCACAACAGAUAGGCUUCACGCCAUCUAGAUAAUGCUACCCGCCAAAACCUGCAACAAUCUGGCUAUGGCAGUUCCCUUAUCUUCUCCAAUCAUCUCCCCCAAACCUUCCAUUAACAUUUCAAUCAACACAUCUGUUUCCAGACGAUACUGUGCCCUAACUCCACGAUCCUUCAUCCCGCUCAACAGAACUGCAACAAAAUCAUUCCAGUCGAAGCUUGUUAGCUGCAUUUUGUCAAAAUUAGAGCCUCCAACGGAAUGUUCAGACAACCACAAAACCGACACCAAAUCAUGUUUGCCAGUUUUACAGCAUGGAAUCACGAGAUUGGGAGCUGCAGUCUCUGCAGCAGUUUUUAUCAUUCAACUCAUAUCUCCAGUGCCGUUAUCUGGAUGGGAUGCACCAUUUCUUCCACCUGCUAACGCUGUGCUUUAUUCACCCGACACAAAGGUGCCCAGAACUGGAGAAUUAGCUUUGAGAAAAGCCAUCCCUGCAAACACAAAUAUGAAAAGUAUACAGAAUUCUCUUGAGGAACUGUCAUACUUGCUAAGGAUUCCUCAGAGAAAGCCUUAUGGAACAAUGGAGGGCAAUGUAAAGAAAGCUUUAAAGAUUGCAGUCGAUGAAAAGGAUUCUAUUCUGGCAAGCCUACCAGCUGAUCAAAAGGAAAAAGGGUUGGCACUUUAUACUUCUCUUACUGAUGAGAAGGGGGAAUUGCAGGCUCUGCUUCGAUAUAUAAAGGACAAGGAUCCAGAUAGAGUAUCAGUAGCUCUUGCAUCUUCACUGGAUUCUAUAGCCCAGUUAGAGCUCCUACAGGCUCCUGGGCUAUCUUUCUUGUUGCCCGCACAAUAUUCCAACUAUCCUAGGCUCACGGGGAGAGCGGUUGUGGAAUUUGUGGUUGAGAAAGGAGAUGGUUCGAUGUUUACUCCACAAUCUGGUGGUGUACCAAGAAAAGCUGCUACAAUCCAGGUUGUCUUGGAUGGAUAUUCAGCACCACUGACAACAGGAAAUUUUGCAAAACUGGUAAAUGAUGGGGCCUAUGACGGGAUGAAGCUAAAAUGCACCGACCAAGCGAUUCUGUCAGACGGUGGGAUUGACAAGAGUGUAGGUUAUAGUGUUCCUUUAGAGAUAAUGCCAUCUGGACAGUUUGAGCCACUGUAUAAAACAACUUUAAGCAUACAGGAUGGAGAACUGCCUGUGCUUCCGCUAUCUGUUUAUGGUGCAGUUGCUAUGGCCCAUGAUGACGUCUCUGAGGAAUACUCGUCCCCAAAUCAGUUUUUCUUUUAUCUUUAUGAUAAAAGCUAUUCUGGCUUAGGAGGUUUAUCUUUUGAUGAGGGCCAGUUUUCUGUAUUUGGAUACACGACUAUUGGAAGAGAUGUUCUCCCUCAGGUUAAGACAGGGGAUGUGGUUCGUUCUGCAAAGCUGGUGGAAGGUCAAGAUAACCUUGUAUUGCCAGCUGAAAACUUAUAAGUUCAAGAUUCAAGACCCUUGCAUGCCGAGCUUAUAGAAACAAAAUCAAAUCAUAUAAAUUUGGAUGGUUGAUUCGAACAAUUGCCAAAGAGGUUUAACUCAUUGAUUAUAGAGUUGAUGUACAACAUUUCAUGUAUGAUCCUUCUUGGUGGUCACGAUGGACCAACUUCGGUUAUUGCCAAUUGUUGAUGACACUUUAUUUUAUAAAAGUUCAAUUCGCGGCUACAACCGUUUGAAGGUGA